CCUACUUGCGCAUGUAUUCAUCUUCAUGCAACAAAGUCAAACAUCUCUAUGAUGCAAGGUGGACUCAGAACAGGCACGACGCUGGAUCAGCUACCGCGUGAAAUUCUCAUAGACAUCGCCUCCUGCCUAUUUCUGGAGGACAUUGCCCACCUGUCUGCCGCCAACCGAACAUUCUACGCCGUCUUUGACCCUAUACUCUAUUUAAUAGACUCUAAACCUUACUUCUCGCGUAGCAUUUAUUGGGCUGCCGAAAACGCAUCGAUAGCCGUCGCGCAAAAGGCUCUAGCUGCUGGCACAUCUGUCAAUGAACAGAGCAACCCAACGCCACACAAUUCGAUACGAAAGCUGCAGUUUAGCACAUGGCCAGAGUUCUCUUCACGCCUUCCGGCGAUAAGGGCACCCCGACCGCUGGCUAAACGUAUCAUUAUCCCGGCGGAGAUGGCAGCUCUUGUUGAGCUAUUGCUUCAGGCUGGCGCCGACAUGACCAUGGUUGACGGCAAUGCCCUCGCGGCCAACCUCAAUUCGUUUCAUGCAACACCACUUGGAUAUGCGAUGUAUUGUGUAGACAGGCCCUAUUUUCGAGCUGUGCAAGGCAAUCAUGCAGAAGUACGCUCAAAUGGCUGCUUCUCGCCACUGACGCGGGCCAAGUUGGCGAUUGUCGGUGGGCACCUAUCACAACUACAGGAUAUCCUGGCUUUAUAUGCUUCUGAACUCGAUUUGAAAGGAGAAAAUGGCCGAGAGCUUCACAAUCUUGCGUACAAGGAUGACCGCCAAGACAUGUGUCGCUGUCUCUAUUACUGGACGCACGGCAAGGAGGCUGAUUCCAGCUACAUGUGUGAUUCAACUGGUCGCUUCCGCCGCUAUCUAAUAGAUUGCGUACAAAGGGCUGUCGAAAACGGUGCAAUCUGUGCCAAUGUCCAGACAGACAACAAGUGGUCCGAGUUUCGCGACAUCGAAGGCAUUCAUGUGACCUUUCGAUACUGGAUAGACGACCUUGGUAAACGUAGACGCCCCACUACACUAACCGAUGUUGCCAUCUGUAUUCGGGAUAGAGAGCUCCUCGAGCUGGCUAUAUCCUUAGAGGACGAGACGGUGCGAAAUCCAGAGGUCGACCAACUCAGAUUGCUCCAAUGUGCUCUCUCCUGGGGUGACGCCACUUGGGCCGAGUCGUUACUGGACGAUAAGGAGGGCUUGGAUCUACAAUCAGAUCACCUUGCGGAGACUUUUGUAGAAAUACUCUACAACGUCAUUCAUAAGGGUUAUGCCAAUUGUGUAGAGAUGCUGAUACGUCGUGGACCAUCAAUCACUGGUCUACCUAGAACCGUGGAGAGUCGACGAAGCAUAAUUGCAGAAACAAUCAUGUAUUGUCAGAGCAGAUCUUCGCUAGUGGUGAUUCUCGAGCAUCUACUCAAAGCUGGUGCCGAUACUACUCAGGUCUUUGCUGAUCUUGAAAGGUGGUACCCAAAAAACACUGGGUACUGGCUAUCGGGAAUCGGGUUGCGGAUGCUAUGUCAGCCCGGGUGUAUGGAAUUGCUCGAACAGCACGGCAUCUGUGUAUACCGGCCCCAUAGACUAUACCUCCUUGCUGCCUGCGAACAGCACAAUUAUGCACUAGUACGUCGCCUCGUGGAUGACGGAGUGCUGCAGCCAGACUUUAAUGAAAAGCCAACACCGACAAUAGGACUGCAACCAAUGACUGGUGCCCACGGGGAUGAAGAUUACAUGUCAGAGUCCCUAAUGAAUGACUACAUGCUGCAUGCUCACUGCCGCAACCGCUAUCCUAAUGCCAAGUAUGCCGCCGACGACGUCAAGAUACUACAGCUACUUCUCACGCAGGGGCUAGAUAUCAAUAAACGGCACUUUGGCCAUUCCGUUCUUGAAUAUGCAUGUUUGGAGCUUCGAAAGAGGCAUAGUCAUGCCGAAGAGAUGAUAUGCUGCUUGAUUGAAAACGGCGCUGAUGUGGGCGCUAUGGAAGAGGACAUGGGCUUCACUGUCCCCGACAAGUCUGACAGUGGUGUUAUCAGCAGAUAUCUUCUCGACAUUACUAGUCAUGUCAAGGCCGGUGAUCGGCUACCACUCUCAGUGCUCCAGACAAUCUGUAGAUCAGACAAACCUACAACGCGGAAACGAGUAGACCUGUUCAUGGCACACAAUCCGGAUAUCUUGAAGAACAAGACCUGGAUCUACGAUGCCAUGAUACAAGCAGCUGUAGCCAACAACGUGGGCACACUUCAAGCGCUCAUGCGCUAUGCCAAAGGUCUUCCGCGUGGUAUAGUUACCGCUACACGGCAGCAUGGAUUACGGCUACGCAUGUUGCAUUUUCUUAUGGCCCUUGGCUUAGAUUGUAAAGAGACAGACUUAUACUAAGAGCUG